AAUCAUGAUGAGUGACACUUGGAGUGAUCUGGAGAACCGUCUUCAAUCAGCCUUGGAAGAAAUGGUACCGUCCAUGCUGCAUUAUCUGAGGGAAGUUUUUGCAGUAUUCAGUUCGACUACGGAAUUCUGUGACCGAGAGGGGAUUUCGUUGCGCGACGCCAAAUUUCAAAAAGAGCAACAUUGGAUCGAGUUCAUCCGCGGAGAGAAGCCCCAAUAA